AUGGGAUGCAAGAUGUCCAAAAAGAUGGGCAGAAAAGGCAGAACCACCAAACACAAGCAGACUAUUGAAGAAAUAGAGGCCACAUCUGCACCUCUUCAACUUGGAGAUUUUCCAAACAUGAAACGUCCUCAGCUUCAAAAGUUAUGCAAACAGUUAGGACUCAAGGCCACAGGAAAGGUAAGAAAACAUAAUAUUAUUGUCCUCAGGAUAAAAUGGAGUGCUCGUAAUCUACAGUCACUCCUUUGCUUAAAUGAAUUUGUAACUACAAUCCUGGUUAAAAUGUUUUCGACACUAAUUGUCUUUCCUGCAAAGGAAUUGCAGUUCAUGUUAAUCCUCCCCCCCUCCUGGACUGUUGGUUGUUAGCAGUCAAAAACCUUUUACACAUCAUCAGAGUUGUCACUAAGAUUUCAAGUUGCUGGGUAAUUGCAACAAGUAGGCAAGGAAAAAAAUCAGCUAGAGAUUUCUUGGGGUUCUAUUUUUGCUAUGGGCCACUUUCAUAGUAGCUGGGGGAAAUCCCAGCCCCUGACUCUUAUUGUCAGCCCUGCAUCAUCCACACGAUUAUGGACCUCAACUUUGAUCAGGGAGGGGGUGGGGGCAGAGAAACCUUGAUAUGAGCGUGUACUGCUGGUAACAUUCGUACCAGCAAAUUGCUAACAAAAACACGUAAAGAUCGAAGGCAAGUGUCCAAACCUUUUGGCCAAGAUUGUAAUGAAUAGACAAGAAUUUAUUGUCAGUUCAAUGAAUCUUUAAUACAAAAAGUCAUGUCUCUGUCUUGUGAGGGCUAGUAACCAGAAAAUGGCUUGACUAGCUUUGCAAUGUAGUCUGCAAAAUGGUUUUAAUGUGGUAAAGCUGCAUGAAAUAUUAUCCCAAUGUAUUGCUUAAGUUAUUGAUUAUUUUACAUGUUUUCUGUCUUGAAGAAUGUUGAGCUUAUUGAAAGGCUUCAAGAGUAUCAGAAAGAAGUUACGGUCUCUAGCAACAAUAACGAAGUUUUAGGACAAGUUCCUUCAUCCACAACCUCAUCUGCAAAGGAAAAGAAAAAAGAAAAGCAGUGUCUCAUAACUGACACCUCUGAAACAGUUGAAAGGCAAUUCCCAAUAGAUAAUCUUUCUAAGAACCAGGUUCAGACAUCAGCUCCACCAUCAUCUCCAACAUCUUCUACAGAAGAAGUAGAAAAUGGAAAAGAGUGUCUUGACAAUGUUACCUUUGAAAUAGUCGAUAGUAAAAUUCCUACAGAUGAACAUGUUCAUAUCGGGAAGAGUGACUACUCUGCUUCAGAGGGAGCUGAUGAAGAAGUGUGCUCAAACCCAAUGGAUAAUAAUAAUUGUGACUUCCCAGACAGUACGUCAACAGAUCACAAGGAAGAACAAAAGACUGUGACAGUCUCCAAAGCUGACUCACAUUCAGAAACAGUUCUCAGGGAAUUGAACUGCAGAGUAACAUUAACAGGUCUGUAACAUUGUAUUAUUAUGAGGCAUGUAACAGGCCACUAUACAUGUGGUCAUGUGUCUUAACACUUGAUAAGUUUGAUUCAUUGACCUGGAUCAGGAUCCCUUUUGCUUACAACAAGACUGCUUCUGUUAGAUGUGGCUAAAUGUAAUUUAGGCUAAGUUAAAAGUGAGACAACGCUGGCCAGCGGUCUCCUUCUCUAAUCGUAUGUAGGGCAGUCUUGGGGUUUAGCUGGGCCUUGGUGAUUUUACAAUGCUUUCGCAGGAGUUAAUUGUUUUGCUCUCAUUGCUUUUGCAUGCAGUGGUUUAGUUGUUUUUUGCCCCAACCCUCCCUCCUCUCUGGACGCUGUUUGGUAAGUAUCUGUGCCUCUCUCCACUGAGGUUCUCAGUAUGACGGUGCCUAGCUGAUGGGUGCCGCUCUCAGGGUUUUCAUGGUUACCCUCUAAGAUCGCUUGCGGCCCCCUUCCGCUUCUACAGGCACCCUCCCCAUACCCAUCUAUUGUUGACAGGUUUAACCUCCAUUGGAGGAGGCAAUGUGACCUAGCGGUUAGAGCGCAGGACUUGCAAUUUGGAGGCCCCGAGUUCAAGUCCCGCCCUGACUGCUGUAUGAUUUGUUUACGGUAGUCCAGCUACCUACUGUACAGUGAACAUGUAUAGUAUUAAACCACUAGGAAAGUUGACACAGGAGGGAGAAAACACUAGGGGAGGUGACGAUGUCUUUCCCAAUUCUCUGACUGCUCAAGUUUUCAAGCAGGCUUAAUUUAGCAACAUUUAUCUGAGACAACAGGACAGUGAUAGUGCUACCCAUACCUUUAAUAGUGGAUUAACUUCAGGUUUGCGUAACAUUAAGAGGCCUGCAAUCAAACCCCCACAAGACCACAAGACUUCAGGGUCUUUUGAAGACAGUGAAAGAUCUUGAGGGAGGAGUGUUUAAAAGGUCUUGACAGUCUUAUUCAGAUGAUUCCAUAACCGGGGCAACUGAAAAUCAUUAGCCUUAAAGUCAAGAAUCCUUCAUGCUUUGAUUGGUUUAGUGGUGAGGGCCAUGUAAAAAAUGCGUCUCGACACUAAGAGCCUGUUUACAUGGAGGUAGGGGAGCCGAGGUACAGGUAGGUGAGGUAACCCACUUAGGUAGGGUAACCAGCUGCCUGUCCAUAUUAUCUCUCAUUUUAAUUUGUUCAUGUUUACAUGAUAGGUGGAGUGUUACCUUACCUACCUGAGCUCCCCCACCUCCAUGUAAACAGGCCCUAAGUACAAUAUGCACAGGGCUGUGGAUUUGAUCUCCUGGCCACUAUGAACAUGACCCCUGGCUACACUGUACUUGCACUGGAAACAAAAAAGAAAAUAAACCCAAAAGAACAUCCUAGCUGUUUAAUUCCCUGCAUAAUAAUUAAUAGUGGAGCUCCACACACGCGUGAAGCGUGAGUGAGCGGAGCCCCAUACAGUUACCUAAGAAUAUUUGGUAAUCUAUCUAUUCAAAACAUUUUGGUAAUCACAUGACUUUAUGUCCGUCUCUCAGCACCACAGGAAAACCUAUGUGAAAUGUUAAACUUUCUAGCUAGUGUGGGAGCAUAUAACUUGUGUUUAACUUGAUAAUAGACGUCCCUAUCAUAGUCAAAUGACAGUUGUCUAAACAAGGUAUCUACUGACCAGAGUCACAUGACUGUAUCGUAGGCUCAGGUGCCAACUUAUCAAAGUCAUGUGUUUUCUUGAAGUUUUCUGCUGACCAGUUGUUAGCUUUUAAUUGAUUGCAGGCUCAAGUUUUUGUUUUUCAGUCAUAUGGUUCUCCCCAAAAGUUAAGAAUAGAUUUGGGAUUUCUUUGCAAUGGUUUAAGUCCAUUGUCUGAAGUAAAUUUCAAAUGCAUAAAAUGGGAGCUUUGCUUUUAGCUCUGGCUAAAUUUAUAUAAUUAUUAUACUAUGUACAUGCACCUAACUGAGUGGCAACUUAAAAAGUUAGGGUGCAUUUCAUUUGUCAGAACUGGCCAGCCAGACCUUGGCCAGACCAAUCAUUAUGACAAUGAAAUAGGUUUUUUUGAAGAGUUUUAACACUAGCUGGAAAACCAUCUCCCUGUGCAUGCUAUUUAGGUUUUGACUGAUCUGGCUGGAUAGCUUUGAUUAAAAGUGAAAUUCUCAUUAUGACAGGAAUGGUCUGGCCAGUCAGUUGUGGCAAAUGGAAAGCACUGUUAGUCAGCGACAGCUAGCCCUGAUUCAAGUUCUCUUUGUAGUGACAUGUAAAUUAUAAAUCAGCCAAAUAUUUUCAUUUGAGAAUGAAUCAUUAACUAUUAUUAUAUUUAAUUUUAAUUGUUCAUGUAGAUGCAAAACCUAAUCACAACAAAGCAAAGAUCAAUGCCUGCACAAGGUGGUGUGUUGUGGAGGGCCUUUUAAAACAAGACAUGAAGACUCAGUGGAGGAAGAUUCAUCUGUUAGGGGGAAAGCCUAUGAUUUCAAACAGUUUUGGUAAAAGAGUUCCUUUUGUGUUGGAACCCUCUGGUCUGAAUACUCCAGAUGAUUAUGAUGAUAACUACAUCUGUGGUACUUGCGUCAGGGAUAAUGAAACAGCUUUGAGAUGGAAGGGCAGUUCACGGAUGGUCCACUCCACGGUCACUCAGCGGGAAGCUAUAAACCAAGGUAAGGAACCAUUAUGUUCAAUGAGCUGGUUAACAUGCUUUGCUUCCUUUUUAUGUGAAUUUAGUUCUUGACUUUACAAUGCAAUGUACUUUAUUUUGCAACUGAAAAAACAUGGGUUACAUGUUGUGGACUGUGUAGAUUUCUUUUCCCUCAGUACAGUUUGUAUUUACAUUGCAGUGUUCUCCUUAUGAGGUGGUUAAAACUGGUUAAUUUUACUGUCUGAAGCAACACUUCUUACAGCCUUCAACCACUUGAAAGUUUGCUAAAAUUGAAUUAGUUGUUUUAAAAAAUACGGAAGUUGUGAUUGGAUCUGAUUCUCACAAGAAAAUAUAAAAAGAGUCUGGAAAAUUAAAAAUUAAAGUUUUAUGGGCCAUGCAUUUUGGGAAAAGAACAUUUUUCAAGACAAUGGUAAAUUUAUUGGAAUCAAACUUUUAAAUGUUUGCCUAAAUACUACAAUCAUGUUUGAUUCACACAAAAUAAGUCUCGAAAUGAGGGAAUGACAUCCCAGAGAACUUACAUGUAGGUCCUAAAUUUCCCAGCGAGGCGGGUCCAUGUCCCUCGCUUUACUUCUCCCUCCCCCAGGAGAGUGCUCCAUCCUCUGGCGCAUAUUUUUUGCUUAACCCGGGCCAGGAGUGGUUUCUUAUCUACUGAGCUAAAUUUAGGGAGAACACUGCGUUGUAAGAAACUUUGGGUCCUUAAGUUUCCAUUUGUUCCCACUCUGCUGUUCAAGUCUCCAGUGAAUGUGAUUGCUGUUGAUGUCUAUUAUAUUUAAUCAUUCAUAACUUUUAUUAUUUUUCCAGGGUACACAAAAUUUAUCAGAUAGUAAAGUUUAUGUAACGUUGUGGAGUCGUUAAUAUAAUCUUUUUGUUGCAAAACAAAAAUAUCAUCCAGCAAAAGUUUGAAGCAAAACAAUCUAAAAUAACAAAUUAUCAUCAUGUUCAAAAUUACAGGGCAUCCUCUUAGUACAUACGUGAUCAAGAAACCUAAUUACACGUAAAUACUGUAGUUAACACUGAUCUUUGAGGCCUUUGACUAACAAAAUAGUUUAAAAAAUGCUUGUAUGGUGAGACCUACACUGUAGGAACUCUUUUCUUGCAGAAUCAGAGGCAAGUGUGACAUGCAGCACACCAACAUCACCUAACCAUAGUAUUCUGACCAGCUUCUCAAGGGUGGGUUCCGUAAAGCGUAAGAGAAGUGACAAUUCAAACACCUCCUUUGCCAACUCAUCAGCUGAUUCAGAUCAGAUGGACAGAAAGAGAAGGAAAGAAAACACUAUUAGAUCUGGUAGCAACACUCCCGCUAGCCCUCAAGUUCGUAGAGCAAGGGGUGAAGAACUCUUACCAAGGUAAAGAAGAGUUACAUGUAAGGUCAGCCUUUGAACAACCACCUAGCCUGCACAGUGCAAAGGCAAGGUAUUGACCAGAAAUGAUAAAAUGAUACAGGGUAUAAUAAUACAUUGUACAUCAACAGUCAUUACCCUUGUGAACGGUGAGGAACAGUUUUAAAUUAAUUUCUGUUUUCCCAAUUCAGAAAUCUUCACAAACCUUGGCGCCCCAGGAAGCUAACAAAGACAGCCUCACAGACUCAAGUGAAGGAGGACACAGAUUUUGCUAAAAGAGUUGAGGAAAUUAUCAAAAACACACAGCCAGGCUCUGAGGAGGAAAUGCACAUGAUCAUGAGUUCUAAAUCCAACAGGAUUCAGCGUUCACCCACAAAAAAAUGA